GUCUAAAGAGGAGACCAAGCAGAUGUUAUGCAUUUUCAAACGAUGCUUCCAUCCAUUCACGGCAUUUAUAGCACGACGACUGGUGGUGGCGAGUGAUAUUUCCGUUUAGAGGAAAAUAGACAAAAAUGCACAACGAUGAUUAUGACGUCAGGUCGUUUUUGUUUUUAUAUAACUAUGUUCUCACUUGUGAUUGCUCACACUUCUUCCACUUCCUUUUCUCACAGUCGACACAUUCACAACAAUUGCGUCAAACUCCACUGAACUUGAUGAGAAACACUGUGACAAUUCCUGCAAAUGUAUGAGAAUAUUUUUUCCUAAUGACAAACACAGAAAGUUCCGGAUGGUUGAUCCAAACUCAGUUAAAAUUUGUUUUUUAUUUAUGUUAUUGUAAUGCUGUUGUGAUGUGUUGUUUUUAUUGUAAGUAGUUCAAUAAUCCCAGUUACACAAUGAGCUAAAAAUGCCAAUAUUCUCCAUGGACUUUGGUGUGGGAGGUGGUCACUUCAGAUUUCACAAUAAAAGCACUGUUUAAAGGAAAAAAAAAUAUGAAUGCACUACAACGUGCAUCGGCGUAGAGAAAUGUAACUCGUCGGCCUGGUUUUCUUUGAUUUCAUCCUCAAGUUUUGGGAUGUUGCAUUUAGUUUUAGUUUGGUCAAUUUUGUGGACAGUUCGUGUCCCGGCACCAGAGUUGCCAUCCAAAGGUGCAACAGGGUGACGAAUGGGUGCGACGUGUUGCUUCACGCACAGAGUGGGUGUGUGAUGAGUGAGGUCAGUGAGCACGACGUGAGUCAGGAUCACACUGAUAGUGACACACACACACGCACACACACACAUGCUGUCUUAUAGACGCACAUAGUAACAUAGUUUUUACCAGAACCGCUGAUCUGCGUGACAAUAAAAUAAAUACAUGUUAUUGUCAUUAAAACGUAGCAUUUGUUAAUGACUUUCAGACGGAGCGGUGGAAAGUGCUCAGGAUGUAAGAAAGAGAAAUGAGGACGGAAAUAAAAACAGUAAAUAUGAGGAUUUCACAAGAGAUGGAAAUAAAAGGAGGGAGAAGAAGAAGAAUGGAGAUAGAUGUGUGGAGGGAGGGAGGGAGGGAUGUUGAGGUUGCAGCUCUCCAGUUGGUGUUGCUAUGGCCCUGCCCUCCCUGCUCACUGAGCCAUUUCCUGUUUUUGACCUGAAAUCUUUAUUUAGAGCCAUCCCUCCUCGCUGCUCGGCAUCUGUGAGUCAACUCGGAGGCCAGAGAGAUGAACGCAGGACUAAAACCAGAUCUGUCCGUUCACCACAGGAUCGUUCACAUCUACGUGCACACACACACACACACGUGCACAGAGAUGCUGUUAACCCUGACUAACCUAUAGUUCUAGACUCCAGUACGUCAGUGCUGCAGAGCUCGGGUUCUCACGCUGGAUCGGAACGCUCCUGCUUUUUAUUUUUUACUGUGUGAGCAGCAGUUUCCAGCAGCUCUGCUGUGGCUAAACUGAAAAAAAAAAAUGCUGAGUCAGUUUUGCCUUCAAACAAAAAAAAAAAAAGAAAGAAAGAAAAAAUCAUGAUAUAAUUUGCCACAUCCUUCGUCCAGUGAUGAGGAAUAAAGAGGCUGCGUUUGUGAUGCAAUCUUUGUACAUAUCAUAUGCACUAUCUGGGCAUAAACUAUAGGUGGCGUGUGCGCUCCCUGCACGGCAGGUCUGCAGCAGGCAGCCUUGCAGGACUUGGACUGCAACAUUCACAUCUUAUAUACAGUCUACAGGAAAAAAACAACAUUUUUAGCCAACUUCAAAUUAAAAAAAAAAUCUACAGUUCACUUGAAAGUUGUUAAUUUCAUUAACUCGCCCGUAUGGUGGCUUAGUGGUUAAGGACGCGGGCUUGAGUCCAGAAGGAUUCAGGUUCACUUUCCUCGAAGUCCCUCUGUGAAUUAUUCUUCCUCUGACAUUUCAUGAAAAAGUCCCUGAUUUACUGUUAGUUGACGUAACAUUCGCAGCAGUUGUUGUUGUGUUUUUUUUUUCUGUAUCUCGACGUGUGAUAUUUUCAUGACUGUGACUGUUUUGCAGCUUUGUUGUAUUAAUGUUGGCAACACAAAAUCACCAAACCAGACAGCCUUAGAGCAGGAGCUUUUGUGUCCCUGUCAGCUUAAAAUAUUGACUUUUCUCUAUGGAUUUCAGUGUGGGAGGAAGAAUGCUUUACAAACAACCGUUUCCAAACAGAAAAAGAAAAAGACUCUUUAACUCCAGGAAUAUUAUUCUCUAGAUACGGUGUAAUAAACCUAAGCUGCUGCAGAUUUUACUGUGCUUUUCUUUGGUCUUUUAAAUCCUAAACUCUUAAGACAUGAUCACGUGAACCCCCCUCAGGGUAAAACACUUAUUUUACCACGUAUCGUGCAAAGAUUUGUGUGAUUUCUGUUGUGACCAGGUUUCCACAGUGGAAAAAGUUUUCUGUGCCGUCAAGAAGACACACCAACGUAGGGCCAACAGCUGAGCAGUGUAAACACCGGACCUUCAGCACUGAGAACAGACGGCCCUACGAGGGGGGGAAGAAAAGAAAAAGAAAAACAACUUGCAAUUUUUCUUUUUCAGUGCGUAAUUGGGUGAGCAUGCAGCAGGGGGCAUCAAAGAUGUAACGGUCCAAAAGAUGCCCAUUUUAGCCCCCGGGAUAAUCUGCUGGUGUUUGUAAGUGUGUAGCUGGGGCUUUUGUCUGCUGCAGGGUGGGACACACUUCUCUGUUCAGUCAAACAACAUGCUCAGUUUGCUUUCAGUGCAGCUCAGAAACCAGGAAAAUAAUAGAACCUAAGGCUCCCAGUGAAUCAUGCAAAAGUUUAUUUUUUUCAUCUACGUUUUUUUCUAAAAUGUAAAACUUGAAAACAGCAAUUAUGUUGCCCUGAAAUAGUAAAUAUUGACAAAGUUGGCCAAAAGUUAAAAGUGUGAAUCCUUGAGGUUGAUCAACAUCAGGCAAAAUGGAUUAAGAGAAAUAAUGAUUGAAUGUAACAAAAUCAUCAGAGAGCGCUAUAUUUGCCACAGGUUGAGAAAAAAGUUUGUAGAAAUAAGCAAGGAAAGAGCUAAAAGUUAGCCCAGAAAGUGGCAGCAAAAUUUGUCCCGUUUUAAUUGAAAAUAUAAAAAAAAAGUUUUAAGAAGCAGUAACAGAAUCAUAUGAUUUUUAUUUCACAAUUUUAACAUUUUUUUAAAUGUUGAAUGAACUAAUUUUACACACAGUAGAGAAACAACUUGAGGAUAGUGUGUGUGCCUGUGUGGUGUGUGUGUGUGUGUGUGGGCGGGACAACGUCGACGACGGCACUUCUCGGGGGCAGCUGCUCGGUUUCAGCUAUUUCUGCUACCUCCACGUGCUGCUCGUAAACUUGGCCACUUAUUUAAAAAAAAAAACCUCGAAUUUGUAGGAACAUUAAUUACGACGUUAUUGAUAUUAUUGUCUACAACACAGUUGUCUGGAAUCUUCCAAUUAAUGCAGCAUAUGUCAGGAAAUCUCCGUAAUUUUCUGAAUAAUAAAUACUAUUAUAUAUUAGAUGUAGUGUAACGUGUUAAUUCGUAAUGAACACAAAAUAUUAGACUUACUAGCUGUAGAACUAAUACGAUUCCCUCGUCUGUUUGUCGCCGUGUAUUUUUUGUAUAAAUCCUGUUGUGAAGGAUUCUUUAAUAAUAAAAAAAAGACUAUUUCUCAUUAUAAUAUUUAUUGUAACACAUUUUUCUCAAUGUCUGCUGUUUUCUGACUGUGAAUACGUCAAUUAACGUGUUGAAUCUUGAAUAUGAUUUAUUUUUAAAAGCGAGAAUAGAGGCUUCCUCGGUGUAGCACUCUUUAGUCCGGCGGCCCGUGAAGGCAGCACCUCCGCUCAGAGCAGCAGCAGUUUCUCCUGCUGUCAGCGCCAUUGUGUGUCGGAGUCUCCGGCAGCUCGGACCGUUCGUGUUUCUGUGCCAGUGACGGGACUCUUUAAAUCUCCCCUCCAUGCUUCUGUCUCAAACUCCGGCGGACCUGGACGCGAUUUAUGUUCGGUAAAGGCGCGAAGCGGAAGCUGGACGAGGAUGAAGAGGGGCUGGAAGACAAAACGCUGGAGGCGUCGGUGGCGGUUGGGGGACUAGGACUGUGUCCCGAGGGCCUGUCCAAGGUGUCCUACACCCUGCAGCGCCAGACCAUCUUCAACAUCUCCCUGAUGAAGCUGUACAGCCAACGGCCGCUCACCGAACCCAGCCUGGAGCGCCGCGUCCUUAUCAACAACAUGCUGCGUCGCAUCCAGGACGAACUGAAGCAGGAGGGUUCCCUGCGACCGCUCCUGCUGCCGCCCUCGCCUCCGCCCGACGACCCCAUGGACGAGGGCUUCCGGGAGGCGCCAUCCUUUGGUGUUUUAUCUGCGCAGGUGUCCCAACCCUCUGCAUUACUGAUGCCGGCCAUCGCUGCACCACCUUCGCCUCACCCAAUGGUGCCUCCCUCCUUCCAGCCAUCGCCGGGCUGUCCCGGCCGUACCGAGGCCUUUCCAACCCUUCUGGAGUCCUGCCUCACUCCAGCGUCCCUGCUGGAGGAGGAUGGAGGAGAGUCCACGUUUUGCGCUCAGUCUCCACCCACGCCUCCGCUUUCCCCACCCCCGGCGCCACCCCCAACGUUACCCUCGCCCCCCAGGGUUCCUGUGUCUGCGUCGUCCAGCGGCGACUGCUUCCCCUCCACUCUGAGUGACAUAGAGUUGGGUCCUCCCACAGCCAUAACAAGGACAGCAGCAGCUAACAUCGUGACCACGUCUACCUCCCCACCUCCCGCGCCACUCACCCGACACUUAGCACCACUCCUCCCACCCAGAGACUGCAGGACCGCGGGUGCUAAACCUGAGGCAGUUGGAGUUUUGCUCACAGAGACUCGCAGUGCCGAGCUCCGGCCAGUAGAUGCUCUUCCUGCACUGCCCCCUGGUGGCUUAUUAGAUAUUUCCUCCUGUCCCUCCGCCGCACCUUCUCCCGCCUCGCCCUCGGGGUUCCUUUCAGACUUGGCACUGGACGACGUCUUGUUUGCUGACAUCGACACAUCCAUGUAUGACUUUGACCCCUGCACAACAGCAGGGGCUGUGGGGGUGACGGCGAGCGGGGGUCUCGCAAAGUUGCCGCCCGUGGUGACGACAGACGACCUUCUCAAGUCGCUGACGACGCCGUACAGUGGCUCCGCCCCACAGGUUUCAGCCAAUCAGCCUUUCAAAAUCGAUCUGACAGAACUGGACCAUAUCAUGGAAGUGUUGGUGGGGUCCUGACUGACGGACGCCGGCACGGAACCACACGGGCGCUGAAAUCCUGAACACGGACUGGAAUAAUGGGAUGACCUUGGGGAACACCUCUGUGGGGGAGAUGUUUUUAUUAUAAUUGUUUCGUUUGGAAAAAACUUCUUUAAAGGUCGGUAAUUGUAAACAUCAAUGGUGAUGUCAGUUAGUACUACUUUUGACAACUACUACUACACAACACUGUGCAUGCACUGUGCUCGCCUUUCCAAAUAUGGAAGUGAAGAAACUGGGAAACAAACACAUGUUUAAACACACACGCACACACACACACACACACAUCUCUGUAUUUCCAUACUUGGGAGGACCGCCACUCAUUCCAAACCGUAAUUCUAAAACUAGCUACAUUUUAACCACCUAGUUACCAGGAACUAACUCAAAGUUACUAUAUGGUUCUUGUGUCUGUGAUCAGAUCCUCUGUAGUCAAAGUCCUAGAACAGUCGCAGAUGGUUGACGACAUGUUUAAAAAAAAAAAAAUAAAAAAAAACAA